AUGUUGAAAACAGAUGCAGCAAUACUGGUAUUCUGUCUUCUCUUCCACAUUGAAUGUGUAGCUGCACAAGCUAACACAUCUGUGAUAGAAAUUCCGUCCGUUCGCUCGCGUGUUUCUUCUGGUGGAACCUUGAAUCAAAGAAGUUACUUUUACACAAGAUCCCAAGAUGCUAUCUUGUUCGAAGUAGCUUCUGUAUCUCCAACUUUUAUCAAAGUACCUGGACUAUCGAUUAUUGUUCAUCAUGAUCAACCUAUGCUUUAUCGCAUCGGAUUUCAGGGCGGAUGCCAAAGUGGGACUUAUUCAUCUAAUUUCGUUCAUCUGUUAAUUGAUGGAUACAUAUUGAUCGAAAACGAACUGCUGCCCAACAAUAAUCGACGGCAAGCUGUUGCACCACAUCUAGGAACGAACAUCGAUGAAGUGGAUCAACACAAUGGUGGGCUUUCUACAGGACGUUCUGUGCCGUUUGUCACUUCGUGCCCUCGCUUUCGUAAAGUAAUUUUACGAAGUGGAACACAUUCUAUUGAUAUAGGAGUUCGCAUUACCAUUCCCAAUAUGAAUUUAAUAGGUGGGCAACUUGAAGUUGAAAUUUCGGCCUACGAUCCUGAUACUCAACUUGGCCUGUCUUACCCAAUCAUAC